AAUACAAAGGGACUGAUCUAACCAAGUGAGUCUAACUUCCUUAAAAUCUACUAGCUAUCUCUUUAAACAAAACACAAACCUUAUUAAUCAUUCAACAUGCAAACCUCACUUCUUCACCAGCUAAUUGUCGGAACUCCAAUCAUAUAUGAUCAGUUUCAAAAGCAGGAUAGCAGAUUCUUACUUGAUUCUGCUUCUCUUCAAUCUCAAUAUCCAUCAUCCGAACAUCAAAGCAAAUGUAGAGUAAGUUCUAACCAGAAAAAGCGCAGCAGGAAGGCCGAUAGUAAUUCUGAAAUUACAACGAGACUUGGGACAAACAUAUCUGAAACUAUCAAGAGAAAGUUAAGCUUAGGGGCUCGAAUUCUUCAAGUGGGUGGAGUAGAGAAAGUGUUCAUGAAGUAUUUUAGUGUGAUCGAGGGGGAGAGGCUGUUGAAAGUUUGCCAUUGUUAUCUGUCUACCACAUCUGGCCCUCUAGCUGGUCUCCUCUUCAUCUCCACGGAAAAGGUUGCCUUUUGCAGUGAGAGGUCAAUAAAAGUCUUUAACCAGAAAGGUCAAAUGUGUAGGAUCCACUAUAAGGUUUCCAUUCCAGUGAAGAAGAUAAAGAGUGUGAGGCAAAGUGAAAAUGUUGAGAAGCCAAGACAGAAGUACAUAAAUAUAGUUACAGUUGACAACUUCGAUUUCUGGCUUAUGGGGGUGUCAAAAUAUCGUAAGACAUAUAAAUAUCUCGAACAGGCAAUGUCUCAAACUUAGUUGAAUUUAAGAUAUAACUUACAAGAGAUGAUAUGCAGCAAGUAAUUAUAUGGCAGCUGUAAUUGAAGAUAUGCUUGGAGGACCAAACAUCUCGCGUAAGUAUUGGCUUUUCACUCAAGAUUGAGCAUUGAUAUAUAGCAGAUGCACAUGCUGUCAACACAUUGUUGAUAAAGUUGUUGAUGCAAGAGACCAUUAAUUUGGAACAAGCUUUUUAACAAACACCAAACAGUGAGAGUUAGAGACAGGGAUCAUAUUAGGAAAAGGUAUCCAUUGAUCCAUAGAGAGAGAAGCCUAUUUUGUGUAGAAAUUUUUCAAAUGUGAAUCUUUUACAAUUAUUUAGUUUAAAUAGUUAUUGUAUAUUACAUCCACAAUAUGACCGGAUCCUGUUGCAGACAAAACCGAUACAAAUUUUCACUCUCAAAAACAUUACAACUAAUUACUUUCAAACAAAAGUUCAAUCCCUAGUUAUUAAACUAAUAAUCAAUUAUAAGAUACAAAAGGUAAAUAAAAGAGGGAUGCAUUCUCACAAUGAUGGUGACACAGAAUGGUACUAUAUCAAAGCUUCAUGGUUAAGCAACCGCGUCUUCACAUUGAUCAGCCAAUGUAAUGUUGUCAAUGUGAGGGUUCAACUUUUAGUCUACCUAUAACCUUCCAUUAGUAAUAGAAAAUUAUUAACUUUCAAUAUGUAUUGAUCAUUCACUAGUAUAUUGCUGUCCUAUGAAUAAAACUCCCAUUUUGGUGUAAAGACACACCUUUUGAAGAAUAUAA